CGUCAAUUAUAAGCAUCCUGAUUUCAAUUUAUUAUUUUAUUUUAUUGUCUUCAAUUUCAUGUAAUCUCUUUUGCAUGCCUAUGUCACAGAACUAGCAGAGCAAAAAAAAAAAAAAAAUUGUUUUAAUCAGGAUUUUUUUUGUUGAGAGAUUUGAGCAAUGGCAAAGAAUUCUGCAAAUGGAGAUCACCAAACAACAACUAAGCAACCUCCAACGCCGUCCCCGUUGCGCUUCUCAAAGUUCUUUCAGCCUAACAUGAGAAUUUUGGUUACUGGAGGAGCUGGAUUUAUUGGUUCUCACCUAGUCGACAAAUUGAUGGAGAAUGAGAAGAAUGAGGUUGUUGUUGUGGACAACUUUUUCACUGGUUCGAAGGAUAAUCUUAAAAAAUGGAUUGGUCAUCCCAGAUUUGAGCUUAGGCGGCAUGAUGUGACAGAGCCCUUGUUGGUUGAAGUUGAUCAGAUUUAUCAUCUCGCAUGCCCUGCUUCUCCAAUUUUCUACAAGUACAAUGCCGUUAAGACAAUAAAGACUAAUGUCAUUGGCACACUGAAUAUGUUGGGCUUAGCAAAGCGUGUCGGAGCAAGGAUUCUGCUCACGUCAACCUCAGAAGUUUAUGGUGACCCUCUUGUGCAUCCCCAACCCGAGAGCUAUUGGGGUAAUGUUAACCCAAUUGGAGUUCGGAGCUGCUAUGAUGAAGGGAAGCGUGUGGCUGAGACAUUGAUGUUUGACUACCACAGACAGCAUGGGAUUGAAAUACGCAUUGCUAGAAUAUUCAACACUUAUGGGCCUCGUAUGAAUAUUGAUGACGGACGUGUGGUCAGCAACUUUAUAGCUCAAUCACUUCGGGAUGAACCAUUAACAGUUCAAGCUCCCGGGACACAGACUCGCAGUUUCUGUUAUGUCUCUGAUAUGGUUGAUGGACUUAUCCAGCUAAUGGAAGGGGAUAAUACUGGGCCAAUCAACAUAGGGAACCCAGGUGAAUUUACCAUGAUUGAGCUUGCGGAACUAGUGAAGGAGAUUAUCAGUCCCAAAGUGGAGAUAAAAAUGGUGGAAAAUACACCAGAUGAUCCAAGACAAAGGAAACCAGAUAUCACAAAAGCCAAAGAAUUGUUAGGAUGGGAACCAAAAGUCAAGUUGCGUGAUGGCCUUCCACUAAUGGAAGAAGAUUUCAGACUCAGGCUUGGGGUCUCUAAGAAGAUAUAAUAUAAUACAUACAAUAUAUAAACAUUGAUACAUUUUUUGGCAUACUAUAUUAUGUUUUUUUAAAAAAAAAACAAAAUAUGUGAUAUUUCCUGCUAUUUUCCAACUGUUUUUUUUGUUGACAGUCAAGUGUGCUUCAGUUUAGUUAACUGCUUUUAUAAUCAUAUGCUUUUUUGCUAUUA